AGCCGGCCCCACGCGUGAUACGGGGACACGGGAUCGGCCCCUACGCAUGAUGCGGGACCGGCCCCACGCGUGAUACGAGGACAAGGGACCGGCCCCACUCGUGACAGGGGGACACAGGACGGACCCCUACGCGUGACCCGUGACCGGCCCCACGCGUGACAGGGGGACACGGGACCGACCCUUCUGUGUGACACGGGAGUGGCUCCACGCGUGACAGGGGGAAACCAGGAGAAAAGCCCCGUUCGUCAACGGUGGGACGAAGCGGGCGGCGGGGCGAGGGCGGGCAGGGGCUGCCCACGGGCAGGGCCCACCCGCGGGGGUCCCCAGCUCCCCGCUCCCAAGCCUCGCUGCCGCCACACGGGGGCGCUGUGUCGCGACGCCCCGCCCCAUCCCGUGUCCCCGCCCCUCCCGGAGACUCCACCCCUUCAGGCCCCGCCCCCGAGGCCCCGCCCCCGCCGGAGGUCCCGCCCGCAGCGGAGCGGAGCCAGCGCUGCCGCACGGCCAGGCCCGCAGAGAGGCGGCGGCCAGCCCGGGGGGAAGAUGUCCCACGAGAAGAGCUUCCUGGUGACGGGCGAGGGCUUCCCGGGGCAGCAGCCCACGCCCCCCCCAGCCUAUGCGCAGCCCCCCUACCCUGCUGCACCCUACCCCCAGCCCCAGUUCGCACCAGCACCCUACAGCCAGCCGGGCUUCCCGCAGGGGCCGGGGCCGUACCCCCCACCGGGGCCGUACCCUGCCGCGGGGCCGUAUCCCCCCGGGCCAUAUCCCCCCCCAGGGCCGUACCCCCAGGGCCCCUACGCCCAGCCGCCGUAUGCCCAGCCACAGCCCAUGGUCCCUGGGGACCAAGACUCUGGAGCUGGGCCCCACCGUGGGCUGUGGAGACCGGGCAUCAUGGUCAUCCGAGUCGCACCCCUGCACAGCACCUACCACGAGGAUGGGCCACCCUCCUACUACGACAACCAGGACUUCCCCACCGCGCACUGGGAUGAUAAGAGCAUUCGGCAGGCCUUCAUCCGCAAGGUCUUCCUGGUGCUCACCCUGCAGCUGACUGUCACCUUCGCCUUCGUGGCCAUCUUCACCUUUGUGAAAGGCGUGAAGGGCUUCGUGCAGCGCAACGUCUGGACAUACUACGUGUCCUACGCCGUCUUCUUCAUCUCCCUCAUCGUCCUCAGCUGCUGCGGGGAUUUCCGUCGCAAGCACCCCUGGAACCUGGUGGCCCUGUCCAUCCUGACCGUCAGCCUGUCCUACAUGGUGGGGAUGAUCGCCAGCUUCUACAACACUGAUGCUGUCAUCAUGGCCGUUGGCAUCACCGUUGUUGUCUGCUUCACUGUCGUCAUCUUUUCCCUGCAGACCAAGUACGACUUCACCUCCUGCCGCGGCGUGCUCAUCAUCUGCCUCGUCGUCCUCAUUGUCUUCUCCAUCCUCUGCAUCUUCAUCCGGAACCGCAUCAUGGACAUCAUCUACGCUUCCCUGGGGGCCCUGCUCUUCACCUGCUUCCUGGCAGUGGACACGCAGAUGAUCCUGGGGAACAAGCAGCUGGCGCUCAGCCCUGAGGAAUACGUCUUCGCUGCCCUCAACCUCUACACAGACAUCAUCAACAUCUUCCUCUACAUCCUGGCCAUCAUCGGCAGGGCCAAGGAGUAGCAGUCCCUCCUUGCCAUGCCACCUCACGGCGUGUGUCCUGGUUCGUGCUCCCCCCGCACCGUAGCCGGUUUCGUUUGGUGUUCUCAUUGCACCCCUUUGUUGGUAUGCCCGUUAGAGUUUCUUUGACCCCGGCCGCUUCCCUGGCUCCAGCCAGGAGUGGCUGCAGGGGCUCACUGGGCCGGGGCUGGGGGGGGGCACGGGGGGCUCCUGUGGCAGGAGGGUCCUGGGUUACAGCUCUGUCCCCUCGCUGGGAGGUGAGUGCAAGGCAGAUGGCGCUUGCGGGUGCCUGCCUGCCUGCCAGGGUGCUGCAGCCACCCGCUGCCCCUCCUGCCCCCCCCAGCAGUCCCCUGCCUGGACCCUCGCUUCCCCCCUCAUGCUGUGAAUACGGCCUUUUCCCCCCUCCCCCACUUUGCGUUGAACGCGGACUGGAAGCACUUUCUCCCCCUGCCCACGGUGGAGCUCAUCCCCUCCGUCCUGCUCCCCCUGCGCACGUGCUGUCCUCACCCUUCGCCACCCUCCUACCCGUGCAGGCAGGGUCAGCGCUGGUGGCCGCCCUCCUUGGGCUGCAGGCAGGGCUGAGGGCAGGGUCCUGGCCAGACAAUGGGGGGGUCCCUGCACUGGGCAUUGCUGGAAAGUCCCUCUUGGGACCUGGCACCCUCCCAGGGCCCGAGCCGCUGUCCCUGCCCAUCUCUGCCUGGGCAGCGCUGGGACCCCAGCCCCAGCCCCCUCCUCACGUGGCCAAGGCUCUGUUCUUGCCCCGUUCUGUGACUCCAGCUCCUGCUGUUAAUAAACCUCCGUCUAGUUCA